AUGCCAUCUUGGGCCGUGGUUCGGAGGCCAUAUCUUGGGUUAUCGAGAAAAUACAACAGCUUGACUCGGGCGGGUAAGGUGAAGCUGUGGAGUGCGCUCUUAAACGCUGUCUGCGCUUUGGUGGUCGCUAUUCUGGGCAGCCUGUUCAACAACACGGCGCUCAAGUACAUUGCAUUUGGGCUGUCGCUUGUUGCGAUGGCUUUGCCAUUUUGGGCUCUGAAGCAUGAUUUGAAGAAAGACAAUCAACUACCUCUAUCAAACUUGACGCAAGGAAACCAGGAACCUCCAAGGGAUGUCCGUAUCGAUAUGGGAUCCGCAGGGACCGCAGUUGACUCCCAGCAAGGCAACACGAAUACCAUUCGCCAACGACCUCGUCCACAGGCCGCACAGGCUGCACAACCACUUCCAUCACCUCCUCCAUCACCUUCUCCAUUACCGCCUGCACUGCUGCUGCCGCCGCCGCCACCACCACCACCACCACCACCUUCUCCACCACCGCCUGCGCUGCAACCACCACCACCACCUCUCCCUCCUUCUCCUAUUCCUCCUCAAUCAACUCUUUCUCUACCUCCAUCGUCCCCACCGCCUCUUUCAUCAUCACCUUCGCCAUUAGCCCCGCCCCUUCCCACACCCACCGAACCUCUUGAGGUCUACAAAUCCGAAUCUGUCGGCGACCACAAGACCAUGACGACGCGCGCGACGCUCUACCGCGACGGCAUGCUCCUCUGCGAUGUCCACACCGACUGCCGCAACCCGACUCAGGGCCUCCGCGGGCGCGCGCUCCUCCUCGUGCUCGACGCCGCCGGCCGCAUCCUCGCGCGCUUCGAGGUCGUCUGCUCGACGCGCGGCGGACUCCUCGAUUUUUUUACCGAGUCGUCCGGGCGCGAGAUGAUGCGGUACAGCGUCACACAGGACGUGGCGGCGCGCGCGGCGCGGCUCGAGGUGUGGCAGGCGAACAAGGAGAACUUCGAGGCGCUGGAAGCGAGGAUCUUGAAGAUGUAUUCCGUCAAGCAUUGGCGUGAUAUUAGGAUCUGGGAGAUGUUAUGUUCGGCCGGGUAUACGAAGAUCAGAGACUACCAGUUACGUGAACGGGUCGAGAUCGUUUUCAGCGCUGGAUAG